CUUGAAAAUUGUAAGGGUCGUGCGAUAACAAAUUUUUAUAACGGGUCUCAUUAUCUUAAAAAAUUUGUUGAACAUAAUCACUCGCCUCAGCCUAGUAAUGCUAAAGUUGCAGAAAUUAUUGGACAAAUCAAACAAAAAGCUCGUGUAACACGAGAUAAACCUUCCCAAAUUAUUCAAGAUAUUACUUCUA